UAUGCAAUUCCAAAAUUAUAGAUUGUGACUUUUCUCUCUGAAUUUAUUUGCUGGAGUCUUUCCGAUUUGGAUCUAACAGCUGCUGCUUGCACCCGGCGACAAAUUCUUUAAAAUUCCGGUGAAAUCUUCUUUCGAGAAGUUUUUCGCCAUCUACAUAUUAAAAAAAUUCGAUCUUUGACGAUGACCACAGAAUAUGACUAUUUGUUCAAGCUUCUGCUGAUUGGUGACUCGGGGGUUGGAAAAUCGUGCCUUCUCCUUAGAUUCGCGGAUGAUUCUUACUUGGAGAGCUACAUCAGUACCAUUGGAGUGGACUUUAAAAUACGGACAGUGGAACAAGAUGGGAAGAUGAUUAAGCUUCAAAUUUGGGAUACUGCUGGGCAAGAGCGUUUCAGGACGAUCACAAGCAGCUACUAUCGUGGUGCACAUGGGAUUAUUGUUGUAUAUGAUGUGACAGAUCAGGAGAGUUUCAACAAUGUCAAGCAGUGGCUUAAUGAAAUCAAUCGAUAUGCCAGUGAGAAUGUAAAUAAAUUGCUUGUUGGAAAUAAAUGUGAUCUUACUACCAGAAAGGUGGUUAGCUAUGAGACUGGCAAGGCUUUUGCAGAUUCUUUGGGUAUUCCUUUUCUUGAGACUAGUGCGAAGAAUGCAACCAAUGUUGAGGAAGCAUUUAUGACCAUGGCAUCGGAGAUAAAAAAGAGGAUGGCCAGCCAGCCGUCCAUGAAUGCAGGCAAGCCUGGUACUGUGAAAGUUGGUGGAAGUCAACCUAUUCCAGCAAAGAGCAGCUGCUGUACAUAGUUUCCAGUUGUGGUUAUAACAGGCUAGCAUGAUGCUUCUGCACAACUGUACAAGACUGAGGAGGCAAUAUGGUUGUAUCUGGUAUUUUGGAAGCUGUGCUGGAAGCAACUGCUAACAUAUUAAAAGUGAUGCUCCAUGACCUAGUUUGGUUUUCUCGCUGAUGUUGUAAUUACAAGCCGUUUAGACACGUGGGGCUAGCAGCAGUUGUCUGAAUUUCAGAGAUGAUUUAUGUGUCAUCGGAAUCGCUAAUAUGAAAUAUUGACUUGAACUUGCUAUAUGGAAUUCUAAUUUUCAGAUUGAUUAUGCUCUUUGUUUUAGUUCCCAAAAUAUGUCCUUUUCAUGAUAAACUCAAAAUAAUGCCGAUCUAUUGUUAUGCUAUGUAAGAACAUUUCAGGACUUACUAUUAAUACUAUAUAGUAAACCUGAAAGGCAAGGGAACUUUAUAUCUAA